AUGGCUUCGCAUGUGGAUAUUUCAAUUUGUGUUCCGCUGAACUCUUCGUCCGUGGCUCCUUCACCUGGAAAGCCUUCAGCCAGUCUGCCUCCACACAGACCUAUGCUUGAACCGGUCUCCACUCAACCAGUUUCCUUUUCCAUUUCCCGGAUUUUGGGGUGUGAAGGCAACUCCUUUCAUUCUUCGUCAUAUUCGCUGCUUCCUGCUAAUGAUAACUCAACUACCGAAAGCAGUAAAGGGAACUUCAAAGAGGACAGCCGUAAAAACCACGAGCACUUGCCGAGCGUUGACACCGACAACCAGAGGACUGACGUGGACAGCGAUACAAACCAAUGCAGUCCAACCCCCGCGCGGCCAAAGAUGACAAGGAAGCAACGAACCACGUUUUCACCUCUGGAAAUCUGGGAAAUGGAGAGAGUGUUUGCACAAAGACCUUAUUUGAUACCCGAGGACGAAGACGAAUUAGUACAAAAACUUGGACUCACUACAAGGAAUAUACGG